AACAGGGUUUACAAACUAUUAGAAAAAAGGAAGCUGUGUCUCCUUGGAUUGGAAAAAAAAUAAUAUGCUAAUCAGACACCUUUCUUCUUCAAGGUCUGUUAUUGUUGAUGUCAUUAGAGCCAUUUUAUCCCGACCCAUGUCAACCGACGCUGCUCGUCCUUCGAAGUAUCUUCCACAUCGACAUCCAUUGACAGCAUGGAAUCAUGUCAAAGGAUCCACUUAUAAAUACAAGAGCAGACUGCUUACAACGCAGGUGCAAUCGUUCUUAGAAAGCAGGCUAGAUACAAAAAAAGAUGAUGCGAAUGAUCUGACAGCUGAUGAUGCUCAGGGGAAGCACCAUAAAAGUCAAUAUUCACCGAGAUUUAUCCCUGUAAAGAGAAAGACAAGCGACGGGAAAGAGUUUAUAGUGAACGGAUGUACCAUGAAGCAGAAAAAGAAAAAACCAAAUACAGUACACGAGUACAACCGGCUAAUCGUCUUCGCCAUUAUGGAAAAUAGAAUCAACAAAGCGAUAAAGUACCUGCGUGAGAUGGAAAACCGCCGUGUGAUGCCAAAUACACGUACAUAUACCCUAAUUAUAAACGGAUACUGCAAGCAGUUAGAUAUGACCAGAGCCCUCAAGUGGCUGAAUCGUAUGUUGCAAAGAAAAUAUAAGCCAGACGUUUAUAUUUAUACCAGUUUAAUCGAUGGUUAUAUGCGAGGCGCGGAUAUUGAUAAAGCAGAAGAUAUAUUCCGGAAUAUGAUGAAAAGGGGAAUUAAACCAUCGUUAGUGACGUACAAUGUGCUCAUGUAUAAUUCAGCUCGACAGCUUAAUAUGAAAUCAGCCUUGAUGUUUUGGGGAAAGCUAUUAGAAGCAGGACUAAAAUCAGAUGUAUAUACAUUUGCCAUCAUCAUACACGGAUUGGGACUUGAAAGUCGUAUAGACGAAGCUUGGAAAGUGUUUGAAUUGAUGAAUGCUCAAAAUGUUGGUAUCAAUGAAGUUGUGGCAACAACGCUCAUGGGAAUGCACGUAAAGCAUAAUGACAAUGAACACGCUAUCGAGUUAUUCAACAAGUUUUUCAAACAAAAUACGGCCUAUAGACUGAAGCCCACGAAUCACACUCGCAACGUCUUGUUGAAUGCAAUUAUUUCCAAAACAGAUGUCGAGACAAUUAAAAAAUAUUAUGAAGAAUACACACAGUCACUCUCAAAAUCUACGCCAACAGAGUCACCAUACUUCCUUGGCGCUAAUGUUUAUACAUAUACAUCCUUCAUGCGUGCUUUCUUACGACACGAUGAUUUGUCCAUGGUUGCCAAAGUCUAUUCUGAUAUGAGAGCACGAAAUAUCCAGCCAACCCUUGUUACCUACUCCACUCUUAUGCUGGCUCACGCCUUUGUUCCAGAUCCAGUAUCAUGUCAAGCCAUACUUGAAGAAUUAAGAAAAGGUGGGGUACAGCUUAAUGUUGUGUUAUAUACCAUUACUAUGCGGGCAUGGGCUAAAGCAGGCAGCUGGGAAAUGGUAAAGAAUACUUACAACCUAAUGAAGCAAGAUAAUAUUGAGCCAAGUAAAGCCACCAUGGAAGUUUUACGAUGGGCAAGGUCCAUGAACGAUAGUGUAUAGAAUAAUGUCUUUUUGCUGUAAAUAAAAAAGUGUCUGCAAAUAUAUACAAUUACAG